AUGACUGAUUGUGAUUUAAUCGAUAUGGGUUACUGUGGUAGCCCGUACACAUGGUCAGAUUAUCAAACAAAGGAGCGUCUAGAUAGGAGUCUGUGGACUGAGGAGCUUCAAAAUUUAUUUCCCUGCUCCCGUAUUACUCAUCUGCACUCGAGUACCUCUGACCACAGUCCUCUGCUUGUGGCAGUCAGUGAUGCUCCGGUACGUCAGUCUGGGAGGAGAAAAGCAUUGUUCAGCUUUGAGCAAUAUUGGGCGACUCAUCAGGAGUGUGAGGAGGUGAUCCAGAGGGGUUGGCAAACAGCAGCUGAGGGUGAUCCUAUGAGUAAAGUCUGCCAACGCAUUAAGCAGACAGGAAAAGAUUUGUUUAAGUGGCAGAAGAGUACGUUUAAGUUUCGGCAGGUUGAAAUGCGAGCAAUCCGAGCUAGGUUGGAUGAUUUGAUGAAAACUCCCUUUGUUGCAUCUGAUCUUGCAGAAAAACAGGCUCUUCAAGCCAAGUUUCAAGAGCUACUUACUCAAGAAGAAACGUUGUGGAUACAAGAUCUAGGGCUUUGUGGUUAA